UUGUAGGAUUUGAUAGUCAGUCAAAUGAUACAACUAAUUAUGGUACACAGUAUGAUGGUAUGACUUCAACGCACGAUCAUAACUUUGAUUGGAGUGGACAGAAUCGUGAGACGGGUGGACCAAAUAAUGCUACUACGCAGUUGCAUAAUUUGAAUUGUAAUGUACGACACCCUUCACAUCCUGGUCCAAGUGAAUUGGACAGUGAUAGGCAUAACGAUUUUGAAGAUAACCCCACGUUGACUCAGCUCACACAAAUUGUGAGCAAUAACGAUUUAGCUAAUGAUAUAAUAAAUGAGUCGGAUAGCGAUAGUCCAUUAGAUCAUGAAGGGACGGACGAUGAUCAAUCGUCUGCUGACGGUGACGAUUCUGAUGAAGAUGUUGCGACCCCCAAUAAUGUUUGUGUUAAUUAUCAUUCAAAUGUGAUCCCAUAUUUGGAUAAUACAGAAGAAGUAGAACCGGAAGAUUUUGCAUACAUGAGAGAUAACGGGUCUGUUCGGGCUGCACUUUGGAUUCCAGUAAUUCUAAAGUUAUCAAAUCAAGUUAGUUUGGUGUGA